AUGGGAGGUGCUUGGCUUUGCACACAUCUAUGGGAGCAUUAUCAGUUUUCUCUUGACAAAGACCUGGAGGCUACCUACAAACCAAUCCCUCAACAUCUCCGGAGCAUGCUUUCACAGCUCCUGACGAUCUUGGAGAAGUCUGAUACUGAUUUGGUUGAGAAGAUUAAGAAAGCUCUCCCAAGGCUCCCUCCCAUUCAGAUUGCAAGAGACAAUACUAUCAUGGAAUGGGCACUAGAUUUCCAGGACCCAGAAGUCCAUCAUAGGCACUUGUCGCAUCUAUUUGGACUUUACCCUGGACAUACUAUAACCUUGGAGAAUAAUCCUGAUGUUUGUGGAGCUGUUUCUAAUAGCCUUUAUAAAAGAGGUUUGCACAACUUCACAAAACUGCAUGCAUUUUACAUCCCAGGAAUAUCUUUGUACCAUUGUAUUCAGCGAAGAUGGCCCAGGAUGGUCAACAACAUGGAAGAUGGCCCUCUGGGCACGUCUUAUGAACAGCGAGAAUGCAUACAGAAUGGUCCUGAAGUUGAUCACUUUGGUUCCCCUGGUGAAAAGGUCCAAUUUGAAGGAGGACUGUACAACAAUCUAUGGACAGCGCAUCCACCAUUCCAGAUUGACGCAAACUUUGGGUUCACAGCUGCCAUUGCCGAGAUGCUGGUUCAGAGCACACAGAAUGAUCUCUACCUGCUCCCUGCCCUGCCGCGCGAUAAGUGGCCCAGAGGCUGUGCCAAAGGGCUGAGGGCUCGAGGAGAUGUGACUGUAAACAUAUGCUGGGACGAAGGGGAGCUUCAAGAAGCAAUGUUAUGGUCCAAAAAUCGGAACUCAGUUACAAGGCUGCACUACGGUGAACGCGUUACCUCUGUUAGAGUUCGCUGCGGUACUGUGUACAGGUUCAACAGGGGAUUGCAGUGCUUGGAGGCGUGGCCCCUCGGCAAAUAA